AUGCCCAUGCUAUGGAAGUAUCUAUUUAUUAUAGGGGUAAUUACAAAGUGUGCUCUAUCCUCUGUUACAAUUACGCCCAGCACUGAGGAGUAUGCCGUGGUGCCCAUAUCGUAUAUGGAAGAGAGUGAGAAUGGGUGUAAAGUAGUUCCCAUAAAGACCGACAGAAAGUGGCUGGGAAUGGUAAAAAAAGGAGGGUGUACACCAAUCACAAAGUACAGCAAUCUUAAAGAAAUGGGUGCCUCUGGUAUGCUUAUUCUGGGAAGACCGAAUACCGAUUAUGCUUCUACCGAGCAGUUUCAUGUGAUUCCUAUAGAUCCUGUUAUGUACGAAAGACUAACAGAAAUAUAUAAGAAAGAAGAAAAGUACCCCUCUGUGAAAAUAACCAAUGGUAUAAGAACUUCUCUGCCAAUUGUCCAGAUACUUUAUAUUUUAUUUUUGGUUCUGAUGAUUUUCGUAUUCCCCAGUCUAUUUGAGCGCUUAGAUGAGCCGCGGAUUCGAUUGGUCAAGCCAAAGGACCUAUCAACCAUUGCUUUGCAGAAGUACGAAGACAUUCCAAAGAGCGACCGAAAGUAUGAAGAGUGUCCAAUAUGCUUUGAAAAAUUCACAGAGCCGGAAUUUAUUCGUACAUUGCAGUGCCAUCACUAUUAUCACUGCAAUUGCAUAGACCCGUGGCUAUUAAGUCGAAGCUGCAGAUGUCCUGUGUGCAAUUACGAACUAUCUUUCACAUAA